AUGGCGUCACUCCCGAGGGGCAGGGCAGACAGCUCGGCCCCAGAGCUGGACGACGAGGCGCCCACGUCGGGGCAGCAAGUGGUGACGGCUUGUUACGGCCGCCCCCGGACAUGCAUACAGCCCGCGGGACACUUCAGCUCUGGCCCUCGGGGCCUCGUGGCUGCCACAGGGACGGCCCUGCCACAGGGCUUCGAGGGCUCAGGAACAGAACCUUCCGGCAGCAUCGUUGACGGCAGAGGCCCUGCUCCCGGCCACGUGGCUCUGGGCGGUCCCCACACCCAGGGUGACCCCGUGGGCUCCCUCAACCCAGUGGCGUCCGUCCAGAGCGCUGGGGGUGUCUGCAGCGUCCGCGGGGCCCAGGCCCUUCUGAGCGAGGCCGAGUGGCCGCGGGGGUGGCCUGCCAUGGGGCCAGCUUUGGGUGGUGCCUUCCGCCUCGCGCUGGAGGCCAGGUUUGGGGGCGCACCACCUCCCCACCCUGACCUCGCCUCGGCAGCUCCCAGCCCAGCCUUGGAACGUUCUCGUCUCCCAGGCUUUGCGAACAGCAGUGCCGUUGUGGUGCCCGUCCGGGCCCACCCUGGAGGCGGCCUGGCGCUGCUGGUCUCUCUGCGGCCUGGCGUCCCUGACGGGACCUGCUGCGCCGUCCGCCGCUGUGACCCGCGCACACCUCGGGAGCCACCCGAGCUGGGGCCCUUCUCCUGCCCCUCCCUGCCGACGGUGGCCGCGCUGGCGGGCAGGCCCUGUCCCAGUCUGCUCCGGCCCCACAGCCGACCCCGCUGCGGGGACAAACAGCAGGCCACCCUGGCCCCAGCCGAGCCCGGGGACCGUUCCAGCUGGGACAGGACCCUGGCCGAGCCCCCGGCCCCAUCUGCUCCAGGGGAGCGAGCGGCCGCAGGGGCGGGAGGGGCCCAGGGAGGGCUCAGGCCAGCUCCCCGCAAACCGCAGAUGCUGCCCGAAGCUCAGCUCGCGGCGGCGGAAAUGAUGACAGGUGCCACGGCCUCCAGGCCGCCUGUCACUGACACCAGCUGCCGCCCGUCAGCAGCCCGCGCAGGGCCCCCGCUCCAGGCCAGCCCCCCGCCCCGCCGGGCCCCUUCCCGGUGGUCGGGCUCCCCCCGCCAGCCAGGGCAGCUGCUGUGGCCCCGGGGUCUGGCUGGACGGGAGCCCGCUGGGAGUGAGGUGAAUCACCCCGAGAGCUGGGUCGCAGGUGCCGGGGGGGGGGGGCCCGGGAAGGGAAAUAGCUCCGGCUCCUUGGAUGUCACAGGCUUCCUGGAGGAGGCGUCUGAGGAAUGGGCGGGCGGGGCCGGGGGCAGCACAGGGGCCCACGGGGGUCGACUGGGGUGUGAGGCCCACCCGGGCCGCUGGCGGGAGGUCGGGGCGAGGCUGGACGGGAGACCCAGCAGGUCGUUCUGGGACACCUCGUGGAAGGCCCAGGAGCCUGGGCUGCAGCAGCUCAGCGCCCGUGUUCCCUUUGCCAUCCCUGCGCCCUACACCCCGGCUGCCGUGGGGCCUGCUGCGGGAGGAGGCUCGGCAGCCCCGGGCCGCGGGGUCACGCAGCCCCUCACGCGGGGUCGGGACGCUCCCUGGGGGCCGGCGCUGGCAGCAGCCGCCGCUUCCCCCUGCCCCCCGGCGGUCUUGUCUGUGCUGUGGCUGGAGGGGGGACCCCUGGUGGCCUCACGGGUCGCAGAGACCCCGGCCCUGGAGCUCCUGGGUGCCACGGGGCCGCCGGAGGCCCUCGAGUGCCAGAGAACUCAGAAGCCUUUUGUGUUCAGGGGUGACGCCCAGCACGACCCCCGCUGGCUGGGGGACUUGGCUUCUGUUUCCGGGACCAUCCCCCCACCGGGCCCCGAGGGCUCAGCACUGCAGGUGUCCGUGUGUCCUGCAAAAGAGGGGGCAGUCGGAGCCGCGGGUGCCCGUCUGCAUCGGGAGCUGACCCGGUGGCUGCUUACUCGCCUCUGCCACGGGGUCGAAGUGUGGGACAGGUUCAGGGCGUCCUGGGCUGGCAACGUGAGCCUUCCAGACACUGAGCUCUGGCUAAAGAUCCAGAGACUGAUUCUGGGAGCAGAUCUCCGUUUCCCGUCACAGCCCCCGGCGCCCCGGGGCCACGGCGUGGGGCCCUCCGAGUACCGUGGGGCCCGGCGCAAACACUCGGGAAGCACAGCUCUUCUCCCCGAGGACGACGAGCCCCCCAUGGCAGGUGUCAGCUCCUCCUGGAGAGGUCAGCCGUGCCGGAACCUACUGGGCCAGCUCACCCCGGGACCCCGCGGGGCCAUCCCCUCAUCCUGCUCUCGAGACUUCGUCCCCGUGGAAGGGGCAGCACCUGCAGGCCCGGGGCUCCAUGAGGCGUCUGCCCCGUGUCUCUUCGUCAUCGCGGACUCAGCACGUCCUCAGCUCGGGCCCGCCGUGGCCGUAGGACCUCGGUGCUGCUGGGGCCACUGCUCCACGGCCCUGUGCACUUCGAGGUCCCCCCAGUGCUGGGGUGUGGGGCUGCACCCGGCCCCGCAGGCCCCUCUGCCCCCACCUGCCCGAGCUGUGCGCCUCAGGAUGGAGCCUCCGGCUGCAGAGGGCAGCUCCCGGGGCCACCGACCGCUGGGCUGCGGCCCUGGUCUCCUGGGCACCUCCGGCCAGCGGGCUGUGCUGCUGAGAAACGAAGCGGGGAACCCGGGUGGGCUGUUCACCGCGCUCACCCCGCAGCCAUCGCCAGCCUCGGGGUCGCACCGUGAAGCUCCUUGUGACGUGCAGCCCCCAGGAAAGACGCUCGCAAAGACCAAAGGGAGCAGCCUGUGCGUCCCCGAGCUGACUGCGAGGCCCGCUGCCCUGAGCACCGACACGGGGUGCUGCUGGGACUGA